AUGUGGGAUUCAAUGAUAGAGAAGGUGAAGGCAGCAAUAUAUCGGCACGAAGGCUUGGAAGAUGAUGAGUAUAGCUCAUUUUGGAGUGUGGUGUAUGAUAUACUCAUUGAUCGAUGGACUAAAAAUUGUACACCACUACAUUGCUUGGCUCAUUCCUUAAAUCCUAAGUAUUACUCCACUGAAUGGCUUUCGAAGAAUCCAAAACGUAUCUCGCCACAUCGGGAUCAUGAAAUUUCUAUGGAAAAGAGCAAGUGUUUGGAUCGAUACUUUGAAGAUGAGAGUGAAUUAAAGGCGGUGAAGUGUGAGUUUGCUUCAUUUUCAAGAGGGAGGUUUCCUUCACCAGAUGCCUUGACAGAUAGGUGGGACUUACUACCUUUGGUUUGGUGGCAAUACCAUGGCUCUGCAUUUCCAACUCUUCAAUCCCUUGCCUUUAAACUUCUUGGACAACCUUGUUCAUCCUCAUGUGCUAAGAGGAAUUGGAGCACAUACAAAUUCAUUCAUUCCUUAAAAAGAAACAAAAUGGCUCCUGCACGCGCUGAAGAUUUGGUCUAUGUGCAUUCUAAUCUUCGACUCUUGUCAAGGCGCAAUGAGGAGUACGUAAAUACAUCAACAAAGAUGUGGGAUAUUGCAGGAGACUCUUGGAAUGAGAGCGACAUACAUGGAGGAGCUAGCAUUCUUGAGAAUGCAGCCCUUACACUUGAUGAGCCAGAGUUGGAGGCUAUGGUUAUUGGAAAUGCUAACACUAGUGUUACUACUAGUGAAAGUGAAGUUCGAAGUGAAACUAUUGAUCUUGAUGUUAAUGAUGAUGCUAGUAUUUGA